AAAUCUGCUAAUAUCUCAACGAAUAAUCCAUUUUUCGGCUAGAAUGCUACAGCGGAGCAAAGAUAAACUUCUAUUCUUUGUUAAACAACAUACUUGUAUCACAAAUCAGCACUAAAAGCCCAAAAAAUUAUUUUUGAAAAAAAAUGUAAACAUCGCGGACGGCUCCAGCUAACAUCCCCUGUGAAAAGACUUCAUGUAAUGGAUGAAAAUGAAUGCGGCGGAAUAGAAAAUUAUUUCGGGCCAAAUGAAGUAGCACGUCAGAAUAGAAAUACCUCUCAAGUGAGAUGAAUUGUGCAGCUCACAUCGCAAAGUGACUUGGUAAACCCUGUAAAGUGUGUCCAGCCGCAAGUAAAAUUCCGUAAAACCGAUCCGUGUGUGUAGACCGCUUGCACGAUACACGACCAAGCCCACGAGGCCCCGGGAGUGCGAUGGCGAAGCUGCUCGCAACGUUCAAAGCCACGGUGACGAGGAUUCUGUUUGCCGCCCACGGAUUCAUUGCGAUCUGGCAGGUGACGCAGAACAAGAAGGAACCCAUCUACUGGUGUCUGUGCGCCCCGAUCGGGGUGCUCUUUAUCGAGGGCAUCUUUACGCUGGCGAUCAAGAAGAACCAAGAAUGGCGCUGGUAAGAGAAAGCUAAGUAGCCCCGGGGACGGAAUGGGACGGUAGUGGUACUAGCUAAAUGGGGAACCGUAAAAUCUAAUUUCCUGCCUGAUGCUGAUGCCUAAAACAGGACAGCUCAGGUUGUGGUGGUCGUGUCUGGGGGGGCGGUGAAAAAACAGUCGCCCCGUAGAAACGUCGGUCGGGGUACCGGUAGUUAAAGUGAUUCUAUUUUAUCUCUUUCCCUCUCAGUGGGUUUGUGUGUGUGUGUGUGUGUGUGUGUGUGUGUGUGUGUGUGUGUGUGCGGUGGGUUGUGCUCCUUUUUGCUAUUGUUAGAAUUCAUUCAAGCUAGAACUUAUUUGCGCUUAAGGACAAUGUCGCGUGAAAAUGGAGUGCAGGUGAGCUUUUGCGCAGCUCUAAAUACAGAAUACGCAAAGAGCGCACUUGAAAGGCAGUAACAAGACGGUAACAAAAAAAAACGAAACAAACCACCAGUGACAUCGGAGGAAAGUUGUGUCUUAUCUUGAGCUGUGAAAAAUCGAAUUUACAACACAUUACCAGUGUUUUUCGUUCCCUUUUUUUUUGUUGGCAUGCGUUUCCCAUCGCCAUUCAUUGAUGUGAAUAUAUAAACUUUGUCUUCUAAGGAGCGCUAGCCGCAGGAGCUGGCUGUAAAAUACUGGCAAAAUACGAUUCCAUUAGACAAAAGGGGAUUUUUUUCUAAAUGCUUUGUAGGCUCCACAUGAAAAACAUCCCAUCAGUAAUACCAAACUUUU